AUGGAUCGUCUUCCUCGGGAAGUCAUCGUCAAUAUACUUUCCAGGCUUCCCUUCACAUCUUUGUUGAGUUCAAAGAUGGUUUGUCGAGCCUGGCGAACCCUAAUACACGAUCCGUUUCUCAUCAGCAAGCACUUGGACGCGGCUUCCGGCAACGAUCCGAGCUUCAUCUUGGAAAGCAACUGGCCGAUCCCUGACCAACGCUACUUCAUAGAUUUCUCAGAUCAUAGUGAAGGAGAAGUGGUGGUAUCAAAGAAGCUCCCCGCCAUUAAUUCUCCUAUUACGCCCAUGUAUUCGAUAGAUUCAUGUAAUGGAUUGCUUUGCAUGCACGAUGCAUCACGAAGGGUGUUCAUCUGCAACCCUUUCACCAGGCUUUGCACCGAGCUCCCCAAACUGGUCAAAUACCCAUCGCUUGUGGGGAAUUUAGGGUUCGGUUUUGAUCGAACCACGAAGCAGUACAAGGUGAUCCAGGUAGUGUUUCGGAGACAAUUGAGACGAGUCGGCUCGAGUACUACAUCUACACCCACGUCGAUAUCUUCGACUCAGUCGGAGGUUCAGAUCCUGACAUCCGGAACCCCUAGUUGGAGAAACCUAGGAACCAUACCAUAUCGGUUUAUUCAUUCGAAAUCCAAGGCUUUGGUCCACGGGAGAUUCCAUUGGCUUACACAGCCUAACAAGAACAACACGGCUACCUUGCUUAUAUCCUUUGAUCUCGAGACCGAACGAUUCGACCAGAUACCAAAACCUGAUUGUCGUUGCGGUUCGGACAAGUGUUUCCGUCAACUGAUGGUGGUACGAGGUUGUCUAUCUACGACGGCGUUUCACGGUAACUACGGUGAACGAUUGGAGAUUUGGGUUAUGAAGGAAUACGGUGCGAAAGAGUCUUGGAUCAAAGAGUUUAGCAUCGGAGCUUACUGCUUGACCCCAACAUUAUUGCAACAAGAGAUCCUAAACUCCGGUACUAAUUUAAGACCAAAUUUGUUUGUUCGGUUUUUGUGUGUGUUGAGAAAUGGUGAGAUCUUGUUGGAGUACAAAAGCAAACCUCUUCUUGUCUAUGAUCCACGGUCUGAAACAUUCAGGGAGUUUACGUUCCCGGAGAUGCCUAAUUAUCACUUCAAAAUAGUUGUUCAUGUGGGAAGCCUGAACUGGCUUCACAGUUGA